UGGGUGGGACCGAAUAUGAAGGCGUUUGUUGGGAGUGGCGUGUGCGCAAUGAAACCUCACGCGUCAUACCAGCCCUGGGAACCCUCGGCGAAAGGAAUCAUUCUUAACUUCAGGACUCCACCAGUUGGUUUUCGUGACCGGGAAUUGCGCCGCUCACCUGAACCGAUGUCCGCGUACACGAACCUCACGUCGCUCUGGAAGCAGAAGACCAAGUCCGAGCUGAGGUCACCUGAAACAGACUUAAAAACAUCGCUGGAUGAAUGUAUAGCAGCAUUGGAUUUAUUUCUAAGCAACAGAUUUGAAGAUGCUUUGACCAAGCUCCAUUCAAAAGCCAAAGACAGCAUGUACCACUCCCUGACAUAUGCCACGAUAUUGGAAAUGCAAGCCAUGAUGACCUUUGAACCUGAGGAUAUUAUUAAUGCAGGAAAUAUGAUGAAAGAUGCCCAAGCAGUCUGUCAAAAGUUUAGGAAAAAAACCACUGUUGCAGAUUCAAUCAACAACCUGAUGAACAGGCAAACAGCGGAGUAUUUCACAGAAGAGGAAAUGCAUGCUGAAGUCUGCUAUGCUGAGUGUUUAUUACAGAGAGCUGCUCUGACUUUCUUACAGGAUGAGAACAUGAUUAGCUUCUUCAAAGGUGGCAUCAAAGUAAGAAAUAGUUACCAGACAUACAAGGAGCUUCUCAAUAUUGUGCAGUCAUCCAGCUACACUAAAGGAGAGAAUUAUAGCCACUUGGAAGGAGGUGUUCAACUUGGAAUUGGAGCUUUUAAUCUAACCAUAUCUUUAUUGCCAACAAGGAUUCUUCGACUUUUAGAAUUUGUUGGAUUUUCUGGAAAUAAGGAAUAUGGUCUGGAACAACUACAGGAAGGAGCGUCCACUGAAAACUUCCGGGCUCUUCUUUGUACAAUGCUGCUUCUAUGUUAUCACACAUUCAUGAGUUUUGUACUAGGCACAGGUGAAGGUGAUGUUGAUGAUGCACAACGGUUACUGUUGCCCUUUCUUAAACGAUAUCCAAAGGGUGCUAUCUUCCUGUUUUUUGCGGGAAGAAUUGAAGAAAUCAGAGGCAAUAUUGAUGCAGCUAUUUCACGCUUUGAGGAGUGCUGCGAAGCCCAGCAACAUUGGAAACAAUUUCAUCACAUGUGCUACUGGGAACUGAUGUGGUGUUUUACAUUUAAACGUCAGUGGAAGAUGGCAUAUUUCUACGCUGACCUAUUGUGUAAAGAAAAUUCAUGGUCUAAGUCUACAUACGUGUACAUGAAGGCAGCCUAUCUCAACAUGUUUGGAAAAGAGGACUACAAACCCUUUGGAGAUGAUGAAAUUGAACUAUUCAGAAAGGUGCCAAUUAUGAAACAGAAAAUUGCUGGAAAGUCUCUGCCAACAGAAAAGUUUGCAAUCAGAAAAGCUCGACGGUAUCUUUCACAAAAUCCUGUAAAACUCACAGUACCUGCCUUGGAAAUGAUGUACAUUUGGAAUGGCUACACAGUAAUUGGGAAACAUCAAGAUCUGACAGAAGGCAUGCUAGAGACGCUUAACGAUGCUGAGAGGACACUUAACAGUGGCCCAGUAAAUGAGUACCUGAUGGAUGACCAAUGUUUGGUGAAGUUGCUUAAAGGUCUUUGUCUCAAACAUUUGGACAGACAAGUGGAAGCAGAAGAGUACUUUAGUUGGAUUCAUACAAACCAGCAAUUGAUCAAGUAUGACCAUUAUCUGAUUCCAAAUGCUUUACUGGAACAUGCAUUGCUUUGCAUGCAAGAAGGCAGGAAUGACGAGGCAGUAAAAUUUCUGGAAAGUGCAAAGCAAAAUUACAAGAAUUAUUCAAUGGAAUCAAGAACACAUUUUCGAAUCCAAGCUGCUCUUCUCAAAUUGAAAUCUCUCACACAAAAUGGAAGUAAAUUAUUGCCUUCUACUCUAUAGGACAUAUUUGAAUUACCCUGACAAAACACAUCCAGGAUCCACAUUGACGGUGCAUUACUGUCUUGGAGCAUGGUACAUCUUCCACUGCAUUUACUGGUAAUCUGUUGCAAACUUAUUGUGGUGAAGAACAAUUGCAACUGUGCUCUUAGGAACUAUAAGUACAACUGGGUUUACACGGGUUCAGGGAAACAGUGAAUUAUUGGUUUAGAAAAUCUACAGCACAAUUAUUUCUAGUUGAGUGUCUUCAUUAUUAUAAAUAUAUAAACAGAAUUUCAUAUGCAACCCUAAUUGUAUGAAAAAUUGGAUCAGUGGAAGGAAUACCCACAGAUGUAAAUAACUUUUAAAUAUCUGAAAAUUAAUUACUACUCAAAAUCCAUGGUCAUCCAAAGAUUACCUAACAAUAUCAAUAUUAAUCUCAAGACAUAAAUGUCUUGCAUUUAAAUAGAGCUAUUUUUCAAUACUAUUUUCUCAGUUACAAACGGCAUGUCCAACAUGUUUAGCCCAUUUCAACCAGGAGCAAGUCUUCGGUAAGUGGUUUGCACUCGAUUAAAAUCCAUUUAUAAAGUCAUAGAGUCUUGCAGCAUGGAAACAGGUCCUUCGGCUGAACUUGCCCAGGUGUCCCACCUACCUGUGUUUAGCCCAGGGCUGGCCUUAGGAGAUGCGGGGCCCAAUUGGGAAAUUUUAUCGUAUAAAUAUAAAUAAAUAAUCAUAAUUGAGUCACGUGUCGUGAGUAAUAUGACAAUUCGGGGGAGAGUUCCUUUCACAGCGUGUGGGGAAUCUAGCCAGGGGUAAAGUUACGAGGAGGACAGGAGCGUUGAGAAGGAGAGGGUCGGCUUUAUGCCAGUAACUCACUCACUCACCGCUGCUGCGGCGCUCCGGGCAUGGAGGUACCGCGUUGUGGCCGGGGAGGGAAGCAGCUCGCGUGGCUAUGAGCGGCCUCCAUCGCCGGACAGCGGAACCGACUGCCAUCUCAGGGCCUUCUGCCAGCACGCUCACCUCUGGCAGUGCUCGCCGUCUGAACAGUGAGGGGGACCAGCUCAAGAGCAAAGAUCAUAGAGCGGAGUGGGUCAGCGGGUGAUGGAUAACAUCACAGCGGGCGGUGGAGCUUACUCCUGUGUCAGCGCGAACAAGGCAUCAAUUGAGGUUAUGCGCAGCGACUCUGGAGAGAAGACCCUUCUUCAGACUGGACUCUCGUCGGGGAGAGUACUUGUGAUUGUCUGAAGAAGGAUCUCGACCAGAACCGCAACCCUCUCCCCGGAGCCUCUGCCCGUCCCGCUGAGCCACCACAGACAGGGAGUUGAAGAUAGACAUAGGGGGGUCCACCUUCAACUUCAAAGCCAAACAAAAAACACAGAGUGCUGGAGGAAUACAGCGGGCAAGGCAGCAUCCGCGGAGGGAACAUAUUACUUAUCAGGAGCCGCCACGGGC